GUUAAUUUUAUACGUUACUAAAGUCAGAUUAUAUUCAAAUGGUUUAGCAGCGAAUAAUAUUACCGGUUUUACUGAAUAUACAAGGAUAUAAAUAUAUAUGAGACGAGCUGCUCUGAUUUGCGGGUCUUUUCCGUUAUUUAACCGUUAACGUUAGUUCCCUUUAAACCGCCAGUAACCGGCGCGACGGUUGAACUGGCUAACCCUAAACGUUAGCUAACGUUGGCUAACUUCACAUAAGUUACACGAUGAUUAAGUCGACAUUACUGCGAGCUGCCUGCUAAUUAGGUGUUUAAGUUUAUUUCCCUCUGUCGUGUGUUUGGGCUCAACUGUCUCAACAACCAAAAGUUGCAUUAUUUCUUUUAGGCUCUCAUAUACUAAGGUAGUUAGUUAGCUAGUUAUCGUCACUGUAAGCCAGUACUUUAGGAUUAGGCGUCAUUUUUGUUAUAAUAUCGUGCUCCAUCAUUUUCAGCAGCAGCAGCAGCUUCUUCCCCGAGUCUGUAGCAGCGUUCAACCGCGCUCAGGUGCCCGUAUGUUGUAGCUGCGGAGGAAGCUAACAGCUAGCAGCUAACCGGGGAGCAGACGUACCUGCAGCCUUUGAGUUUCCGCUCGGUGUUGAAGAAGCCUGGAGGACUGUGAAACAGCAGCAUUGGUGAAACGCAGCAGCUUACCUCGGCUUUGCUUUGCAGCCGCUGCAAAUUCAAGAGAGAAAGAAAACGGGAAACAAACUCGUGUCAGGGAGCUGAUGUAGGUCCACCUGCUGCUUCCCACCGCAGAGAGACAGAGUCCCCCCCCACGUGACAACACGCCUGCACAGGUGAUUGAUGUUCUGGUCUCUUUGCCGGGCCGCUGUGAUGGACAGUCUGCAGUGUAAAGAUAGUGGACCUCCUCCCUGAGAGGGCUUCAGGGACGACUGUAAACAUGUACCUGACAGACAGCGUGGCGGAGCACACGCGCAAGACGUGACGACUGACUGACUGCUCGCCGACUUCCUUUGUGAGCGAGCGCGCCGCGCGUGUGUGUGUGUGUGUGUGUGUGUGAGGUCAUGUCAGGCAUGACGAGCGGCGUGUGCGUGGAGAGCGACCUCUCCUCGAUGCUCCAGAGAAGCUCCGCCCCCUCCCACCACCACCCGAAUCACCAUGGUUACGGCGGGCAAGGACAGGUGUCGAGUCUGGCGCCGAUGCUGGACUACUCCACAGAGAUGGACCGUUACCGUUCAUCUAUCGCCAGCUUCUACAAGACCAAUGUAAACAUGAACAUGAACGUCACGAACUUUCCUCAGUCUGCCAAACUGGCGGCCCGUUUGGCGGCCGCCACCCCCAUAUUCCCCCCCACCGCUGCCAGGCUGGGCGCCAUGGCGACAGGGCCCUGGGGCUGCCACGACAACAUGAACAUGAACGUGAAUAUGAACCACCCGGCGGCCAUGUUCUGGGGCCGACCCAAACCCAUGGCAACCGCCCCGACACACCACCACCACCACCACCAUCACCCCUCGGCAACGCCAGGGCACAUGACCUCUUCACACCCCCACAGUACCAGCAUGCACCAGGGCGGGGGGUCGGCAGGGGCAGGAGGUGGAGGUGGAGGGAGCAGUGAGGGGGGAGGAGCUGAAAAACACGGACACACUGCCUCCUCACUUCCUGUCACACAGGGAACGGCACACCAUCACCCCAUGGCGCCCAGCAAUGGGAACUUCCUCCCGGGUUAUGGCGGAGGGGCAGACUGCGGCGUCAUGAACAAACAGGGGCACGCCCACCCGGACAUGAUGGGCCUAUCAGAGGGCGGGAACUGCAAUGGGGGAGGGGUUAUGGGUAGUAGCUUCCUGGGGGGGCUGGGAUUACCCCCCGGGGUCAUUGUCAUGGCGAUGGGGUCGGCAGGGGGCGGGAUCUCAGAUGCCAGCAGCGCCUUCCAGAUGACAGGUGGCCAGCGGGCGCUAACAGACUGCCAGCAGCACGCUAACUCCUCCCCCUGCCCCUCCUCCUCCUCGCCCUCGUCAUCAGGUGUGACGGCGGGGGGCGUGGCCUUGUCGUCAUCGUCGUCGUCGGGGACGGUGGCCAAGAGAAAGAGGAAGCGGUGCGGCGUGUGCGGGCCCUGCAGGCGGCUGAUCAACUGCGGCGUCUGCUCGUCCUGCCGCAACAGAAAGACGGGUCACCAGAUCUGCAAGUUCAGGAAGUGCGAAGAGCUGAAGAAGAAACCGGGGGGAGGAGGGGGGGCGCUGGAGCGGCCACCCUCCGUCCCGACCGGCGAGGCAUUUCGAUGGUUCUUCUAGCCUUCCCUUCGCCAACAGAGUUGCAGCUAAAGGCCGAACAGGAAGUCGCCGUCACAUACAGACUACAAAUCAGCCUUGGAUAAGUUUAAAAAAAGGACCAAAACCUUUGGAAUUGAACCAGACGAUUUGCAAGAGGAUUACAAUUUCAUACUGUGUGGAUGACAUUUUAAGACUACAAAUACCACCUCAACUGGAACAGGGAACUAGCUAGGAGGAGGAUGAGGGGCAGUUUGGUCACAGGCAACAGGAACUGGUGUGACGAUCAACAACUGCAUGUGUCCCAGAACCUGUUUGCAGGUAAAUUUAAAACUCAGCUCUUAAAUAGAUGCACAAAGGUUGUGUGAAUGCUAUAUAGUGGUCUACAGCUACUUGGCUAGAAGUGCAACCAGUCUGUCUUUGUACAUGUUAGCAUCACAGCAGGCUACAGUUAGCAAGUUACGAUUAUCGACUGACCAAUCAGAAUUGAGCAGGGAUUGAAAAUGGGCUGGAUUUAGUAGCUUCAUAGCCAAAUGAUGAAAAACAGCAUUAGAAAAAUGGCAGCAACCAUUUGUUUACCAACAGUUAACCAAUUAGCUUUAGAUUUCGUUGCUGUAAUCUAAAAUAAUCUAAGGACCGGAAAUGUUCAGCUUUGCUCCUCUGCUAGCUUGACUAUCUGACGUCUACUGGUGAAUAUCAGAGUGCUGAACUGUUCCUCUACUAUUAGCCUGUCUUUGCUGGUAUAAACUGCUAGUCACUUCACCUGGUACAAAAGAUCAGUCCCCCAAUAGUAGGGGGGCAGUUCUUUACCUGCUUGUCACCAGCAGAUGCCAGAUUUUGGGAAAGAAACUCAAUCAGUUGUGUGACUGAUCUGUAUUGGCAAAGGUGGAGUAUCGACAGCAUGGAUAACCAACUGAUCCCACUAAAGAUCAGUCCAGUCAUUUGGGCACGUUUAAGGUGGCAGGAUCACUGGACAGUUGUAUUGAUGCCAUUUCAAGUUAUCUAGUUCUAUCCAAUUGUGCUGCAAGUCAAAGAUAAAGGCUCAACAACAGGACUGGAUACAGCGCCAAAGCUUUGCAACACAACAUUCAGUUUUACUAUGUUUGGGAAGCACUGAACACAACCAUGGUCCGGUAGUGGGUUUCUGUUGUGAUUGUUUUUUUACUGAUCAUUCAGCACCUUACCAGAAGCCCAAGUGCCCUGUUCAAAUCAUAUAGGAUACCGUAAUUACUAGAGAUAUCCCAAGCUGAUCCUAAGAAUGAGUAUCGUGUCUCAUCUGGGAAUGUUUUAGUAUAUCGGUAUUGGCUAAAACAACACUGAUCAAAAUCCGGUCCUUUCUAUGCUCCACUGUGUUUUGUCCACCUCAGCUUGCUGGUGUUGCAGUGCUGCUACAACAGCCGGGCUCUAGGUGUGUGCGCAUUUCACCUGUAUGCAAGUGAGAACUAGAGCGAGUGAAUGUGAAAAUUUACACGCGCACCAGUACUUUGCUCUGACACUUCAUAAUGGAAAAAUACUAAUUUACUAAUUCCAGCUCUAACUCAUUAGCAAAGAAAAAUGUACAAAACAUUCAGCCUGCAGCUUUUAGCCACGGCUGGUCGAGGGAGGUCACACCAGCCGUCACUACUUAACGUUAAUUAGGUGUGUAACUUGAUAACAGGAUGACAUUAAACCUGUCUGUGGACAUCAUUCUUGUUUGUGAAUUAUAAGGUGUGGAGACAAGAGCUGUUAUUUCAUAUUGUCAGAUGCUUAUUUAAUCAACAUUUAGAUAAAUAUUGGAUGGCCAAAAAACUUGAUGGGGACAUCCCUAGUAUUUCAUGUUUAAAUAGCCUUCACAUCAACACCCAAGUCGGAAUUACGACUGGGAAGCAGGUUUUUUGGAAAGUUUAGAUUAGUGCCUGGAAACCAAAACAAACAUUCAAGGUGAUUAAACCCAUAUUUAAUGGAUAUAGUGUUACAUUGUCAGUGCACAGUAGUAUUAACCCUCCAAAGACCAGCUCUCUAAGUACACAUCGGUCUUGAGUUGCCCGACGAUGUGAAUGCUUACAAGUCGGAAACAUAAGAAUCUUUCCACCUCUACCAUCUAUCCAAUAUGAUGUAAACAUGACACCUGAGCAUGUAUCCACUGCGACAACCUUCACUAUCUGUGAUCAAACUGUCCCCUCCUUUCCUCCUCGUCCUAGCAAACCACAAACCCCAUCGUAGCCAAACCAGGAAGAUUCGGACCUCAAGUGGACCACAGAAACAAUUACAGUUUGACCAAAACCGGAUGACAAGUUAACCUCACAGGAAAAACUUUACUACAGAGGGAGUACAAACUGACCUCAUAACGAAGGACUACAACUUCACCACAGUAGGACUACAAUUACCACAUCACUGUUAUCUGUCUCUUCUGUCUACCUCCUCCUCAAGAACUUAAAAGGCACCUUGAUUGAUUUUUACUGGGCUGUUCAUGUUGGUACGACAUGAUCUGCUUCUCAACUCUCUAGAUGGUCCAGAGCCGAUCGGCCUCUAAUGGAAUACUCCACUACCACGCUUACUAAUUUACUCCUUUGCCUGAAGGAGCCGUUAAAUGUCUGAAUUUUGUUUUUUUCGUCUGGAUUUCAAUGGAAAGUUCUCAGGGCGCCGUCAUACUUCCAGUUUGUUUUAUAUGAUCUAAAGCAGACUGGCAAAACUAACUUUGUUGUAUUUUUGUAUUUGCGUAAAAGGUGGCAGUGGAAGGUGUGUAAUUUUUUGUCUGUACAAAGAAUGGUGUUUUAUUAAAAAAAAAAACACACAUUUUCACAUUGAAUAUUUGCUCUAAAUUGGCAUAUCUAGUCCCAAACAUUCAGAUUUCUAAAGUCUGUAUUGGUCAAACCCUCAGUAGGACCUCAAAGAGAGUUCAGAACCAGUUUCUCUGUUCUUGUAUCAAUGCAGAUUGUACCACGUGGUUACCAACAGGAAACCGAGCAGGAGAAUCCCCCUGCAGUUUAAAGGCAGCGUGGGGAUUCACAGGGAACCUUUGGAUCUUCUGGAAAGCUCACACGUUCUGAGCUGAACCCCGGGAACCAAACUGAACUGAAAGAGA